AACGUUACGAGGCCUUCCAAGAUUCACUUGGUUAGAACGGAUCUCGUUAAUCGCGACAGCCUCACGAUUCCUGUGACAAUUCGCUACCGAUUUAGUACCGGUAAUUGAUUGGUUGCCAAAAGAUUUUUUUUUGGAGAGCAAGCGUUGCACUUCUUGGUCACAAGCAAACUUGCCAAACGCCACUAGCAUCGUAGCCUGAGUUUCGUGUCAUCCUGUGCUUCCAAUCCAACUCAGAUCAAUGGCUGACAACGAGAAGCACCCCUCUGGGUACGGGGCCAUCCCGAGCCACGUGCGACAAGGAACCGGAGCUAGCCCACCGCCGCUGAGUCCGCUGAUGCUUCACGUGAACAAACACACCAACGCGCUUAAGGGCUGGGAGUUCCCCGGCUGGGGGGACAACUCUUCGACGGUGGCGAGUGACAGCGAGCUAAAUGAGAUCCAAGCGCACCUGUCUACGGACCACACCAAGCUGUCAGAGUGGCUAGCCACUGCUAUCUGCGGGAACGAUAUCUUAUCCAGCUGUCUGUACGUGUCGGGACUCGUGGCGUCCAAGGCGGGAAAGCUGGCACCGGUGGCGCUUGCCAUCGUGGCUGGUAUCUUAUACCUAUACCGUUUCAUCUACGGAGAAGUAUUGAACGCUGUCCCUCUCAACGGAGGCUCGUACAACGUCCUGCUUAACACCACGUCCAAGCGCGUGGCUGCCAUGGCUGCAUCGCUCGCGAUCUUGUCGUACAUUGCCACGGGUGUGGUCUCUGGAACGUCAGCCUGCAACUACUUGGCUUCGCACGUGCCUUCGCUGGAGAUCGUGCCGGCUACGGUCGGUUUGCUGUUUAUUUUUGCCGUCCUGAGUCUAAUUGGCAUCACGGAAAGUGCUAUCGUGGCACUUGUGAUCUUUAUUGCGCACGCUACGACACUGGUAGUGCUCUGCGUUUUGUCUGCGAUCUAUGUCGUGAAGGAUGACUUCCAGACGCUGUGGGCGAACUUCGAUACGGACUUCCCGGACAUCAACCUCGCAGGUGACAUCAUGUCAGGCAACUUCUUGACAGCCAUCUUCUUUGGCACGUCGACUGCUAUGCUUGGUAUCUCCGGCUUCGAGACGUCUUCACAGUUUGUAGAGGAACAGGCCGAUGGCGUCUUCCCUAAGACUCUGCGGAACAUGUGGUGGGGCGUGGCUAUCUUCAACCCGAUGAUCGCUCUGCUCUCGCUCGGUGUGCUGCCGCUGAACGGCCCUGGCGGUAUUGUGGACAAGAGGAACACUGUUUUGGCUGAAAUGGGACUGAAGGUUGCGGGCGAGAAGAUGCAGCUUAUUGUGGCUCUGGACGCGUUCAUCGUACUUUCCGGUGCUGUGUUGACUGCAUAUGUCGGUGUUGUUGGUCUUGUCCGUCGACUUGCCAGCGACCGUGUGGUUCCAGAGUUCCUGCUUCAUGUGAACAAGGCACGUGGCACGAACCACUUUAUCAUCAUCGGAUACUUUAUGGUGGCUACGAGCUUGGUGUUGAUCUUGCAUGGUGACACGGAGACGCUGUCGGGUGUAUACACCUACGCCUUCCUGGGCCUCAUGACGCUGUUCGGCACUGGUUGCAUGCUACUCAAGUUCAAGCGUGCUGAGAUUCCUCGGACGGUGAUCGCACCCUGGUGGAGCUGCAUCCUGGGUGUGUCGAUGGUGGUGACCACGUUCAUGGGCAAUUUACUGGGCGACCCGACGAUCCUGACGUACUUCUCGCUCUACUUCAUCGCGGUGCUGUCGCUGGUGUAUAUCAUGUUCGAGCGCACCUUCCUGUUGCGGAUGUGUCUGUACUGCAUGCGGCAGUUAUGUCCGUCUCAACGCAGCAACGAUGAGGACGAGACCCACUCGCUCCGUACGGGUGCGCGUGGCGGCCAGACAAUUGCGCGAUUCAUCCGUGAGAUCAACGAGCCGGCCGUGUUUUUCUUCUGCAAGACUCCGAACCUGAACAUCAUCAACAAGGCCAUUUUGUACGUGCGUACCAACGAACAGACACACACGUUGUUCAUCGUGCAUUGCCACCCACGCGGUACUGCCGUUCCGGAGGGCUUCAAGGAGACGGUAUCCAUGUUCGACCAUGUUUACCUCAAGAUUAAGCUUAAUUUCUUGAGCGUUGAGGGCCCGUUCGGCCCUGCCAUGGUCGAGUGGGUUUCGCGCAAGUACAGCCAGCCCAAGAACCUCAUGUUCAUUAAGCAGCCCAACCACAACUUCGCGCACACCAUCGCGUCACUCGGCGGCGUGCGGGUGAUCACCGGAUAAAAUGCGUGGCCCGUGGAUAGGCGGUGUCAGAAAUUACCCCCCACUUCAACUUUGAUUGCUGACCUACAAAACACACGUUUUAUAGAUGAGAGUUCCUAGAGCCUGCCACAGUAACUGUAUCCGUCAACCGAAUUCGUGCUGUGCUGCCAGCGUUUGGCCUAAACUGUUUGGUGCCAGCGGUGAAACGUGUAUGCUGAGCCCAGCACAAGUUGUACGAUUGCACAGUACCGCCGAACUGCAAUUUCUGCUGCAUCCAUUUGUAUUUCCUUCCAUUUCUUCUCUUGGCGCGAAUAGCGAAAGUGUUCUGUUCGGAGAUGCGUUUCGCUAAUACUAGUAAUGUUCAACGCUGCGUCGAAAAGGCACUGCUGGCUUCAUGAAU